GCAAGCUCAAGUUGACCCAACCCGCCUGAUCGAGGAGAUAGCCAUAGUCAAGACCAUGCUACACCUGCUGGACACGCCGAUGGCUCGCAUUGCUCAAUAUAGAUCUCAGGUGGAGUCACGGAUCCAGAGACAGCAGAUCGUCGAGAGCCAGAUUCACGACCUCAAUAAGGAGCACGACGAGAUCAAGUACGAGAUCGCAUCCCUCAAGGCACUCAUCUCCGAGGCUCGCGAAUCCAUCACGGAGAACAUGGCUCACUACCAGCAGAAGGAGGCCUACCUGCGCGACCAGCUCAAGGAGGAAGAGUCAGCGCACCUCGCCACCUUAAUCAUCCAGAGGAAGCAAGAGGAAGAGACCUUCCGACACCAGCUACACGAGAACGCCGAGAUCAUGGUCCAACAAUAUCAACAACGCUGCCACGAACAACAGCAACGUCUUCUCUCCGAGAAAGCUCAGGCUCAGCAGGACAUCAGCAACAUCGCGAGGCUUGAACAGAACCAGCUUCAGGAUGCCAAGGAGCUACUUUUGGAGGAGUUCGGACAGGUCCAGGCUCAGAAGUACCGCACUUUGACGGCCCAGAGCGAGUACAACAGCGAGAUCGACAGGCUUCGAGGCACUUCCCGUGACAUGCAGCGCUUCGAGAACGAACUCCAGGAGCAGCACCAACUCCAACUGCAGGAGCACCUUCAGCAACACAGACAGGAGCGCGAGCGACUGCACUGCGAACUACAGCAAGCCCACGAGUUCGGCACCAGCAUCGAC